AUGUCGGUCCGGCAGCCCGAGCUGCCUCGCCCCGUGCUCCGCUGGCUGCUCAGCCUCGGCCUUUCCGUCAUCCCCCGCAACUACCGCAGGGAUUUCUCCAACGGGUACCUGGUGGCGGAAAUCCUGUCUCGCCGCUUCCCCGCCCACGUCCAGCCCAUCUGCUACAGGAACGGCUGCUCGCUGCCCACCAAGCUCGACAACUGGGCCCGGCUGCGGCGGUUUCUGGCCAAGCAAGAGUUGGACAUCGCCCAUGAGCUGAUAGAGGGAACGAUUCACUGUAAGCCCGGAGCGGCAGAGGAGCUGCUGCGAGAGCUCUGCGCCGCGCUGACCUGCGGCCGAAUCGAAAAUCUUCAAGAUACGCAGGUCGACUUUACAGACCGCUGUUACCAAACAAAGUUAUCAGUGGCUGCCAGAGCAACAGCUUCCACGGCCAUCAAGAGUAACAUCAGGUUGACAGAGAUGCUGGUGAAACCCUGCAUCUGCGUCAAUAGACAGAAGGCUGUUGCCAUUGUUAACAUGCAAACAGGAAUGAGGAUGCGAGAGAGGGAAGAGAAUCCACGUCGGUUUAACAUUAAACCAAGUUUCGGACAGCGUGUGGUUCACCAUUUGGAUUGCAUCACACCCUCCACAAAUACAACUAGGAUCCCAAAGAAGCAUUUGUCACCUCAUACUCAUCAGAAAGCAGAGACAGAACAUGCUCAUUCUAAAGAACUUGAGGUGAAACCCGACAAUUCCUCUCUCACAGUAGAUAUUUGGAACCUUCUGAACACUGCUGAAAGGAUUAACCAGAGAGAUAUGGAGCUUUUAAAUACAAACCCUCUCUCAAUCACAAUUGUGUUGACUGCAUAAUCAAUAAAGAGAAAUCUGCGUUUACCAUUAGUUAGGCACUAUUUCAUUUAAAGCCAAAUAAUAAUAAAUAGUUUAUAUCAUA